AUGGAAGACAGUCGUCGAGCGCUUCCUCGAUUGUCAACACAAUAUCUGAUUCACACAGAAGCCUCGUCAUCUGGAAAUCUGACCCUCGUCGACGAUCUAAAUGCCACUGACGAGAAGCUUCUUCCGCAAAUCGAAGGAUAUUUCCCAAACCGCGAGAACAAAGAUAAACCUACAAAAGCAACGAUUGGUAGAAUGCAUCUCCAUCUCCAAGUCUUCGAACAUGAACAUACCUAUCGCGGAAGCGCAACCAUCUUCCUCUUUGCUUUCGGUACCAGCGUCGCCCUAGGUCAUAUUCUAUUACCUGAUCGGUUCGUCCGGAUGGCUCUAAUCUUCAUGGUAAUAUCGAAUUACUUGCUCAUGCACGCCACCUGGUUCUGGUCCUGCGCGAGGAGAAUCCCGGAUGCACCCGGUCCGGAUAUCACUGAUACCGAGCAGGGCGAUCCUGAUAGAAUUAAGAAUGUACUUGAUGAUGUUCCUGGUUUCUUGGAAGGAGAUAGCCUGGCAUCAGGUCAAUCGCGCACCACGCAGCCUGGUCCAGCCGAUGCGGUGGCACAUGCUGUGAGCUUGAAGAUUCGAGCGCACAUGAUGAGUGGAACGAAGUCUGUGGGCGAAUUCGAAGCGAGCGAUUUCGUUCGGAGACGGACGUAGCUCAUGCUGACUUCACGAUUGAGAAUAUUGCGUGCAAUGCUCGAUUUUCUCAUCGGAUCUUGCCUCUGACUAGGAAGGACGGCCGUGUGCGAGGGCGUCGUGCACGUCCGGAUGAAGCACAAAUGGUCAGCGUCAUGGUCAUCGGAAAAGUGCCAGUCAAUAUGGUCCCUUUGGCUUCGCGUUCAAUAACGAAGGGUAGUCUUUGUACCAUUAUAUACUAUCGAAUUUUGUGUAAGGGCUUAAUGCGAUGUAAUGCCGAUUUAUCUGUGCUUCCC